AUGUCUUUCGACGACAUUACCGACCAGUACAUCACAUAUGAGAGCCGCCUGGCUUCUUUUCACAAGAGUGUAAAAAAGCGAGGGUCAACAGCUGGUGGCAGAGGCACCAAGGCCCUCGCUUGGCCGCACAAGAACAUCUCAGCCGCGAGUCUUUCCCGUGCUGGUCUAUUCUUCAACCCUACCCCACAAAGUCCCGACAAUGUCAACUGCUUUCUAUGUCACAAGGGCCUCGACGGCUGGGAGGCUUUCGACGAUCCUCUCCUAGAACAUCUCAAGCAUGCCCCCGAGUGUGGCUGGGCCGUCGUCGCCGCGAUUGAGGCCGAGGUGGGAGACUAUGCGCAAGAAGACCCAAAUCAACCAUACAUGAGGGAGGCUAGAAAAGCGACCUUUGCUGGCAGGUGGCCUCACGAUUCCAAGAAGGGCUGGAAGUGCAAAACCAAGCAACUGGUUGACGCUGGAUGGAAAUACACACCGACCGAGGAUUCGGAUGACAUGGCAACAUGCGCAUACUGCCAACUUGCCCUCGACGGAUGGGAGCCUGGUGACAUACCACUUGAGGAGCACUUCAACCGAUCACCCAACUGUCCUUUCUUCAUCUUGCUUGAUGAGGCACAAAACCACAAGAAGCCACCCAAGAGCAAAGCCGGGCGCGCAUCCAAGGCCUCGCGCCUAUCUGUUCAAUCUGUCGCCACGGCCACAUCGGAAGCGCCAUCCCUUAACGAAUCAGUCGCUGGCCCCGAAGACAGUGUUCUUACCACAACCUCAACACAAGGUGGAAAGAAGGCAAAAGCUCGCAAGGCCGCCCCGAAAAAGGGACGGAAGACGAAGGCCAAGAAAGAACCCGUUGAAGAGGUGGAAGAGUCGAUCCAGGAAGAGGCACCACCCAAGCCUUCUCGGGGAAAGAAGCGAGACAGUACAGCAAUCGAGGAUGCCAGCAUGGCCAUGUCAGAAGCUCCUGCUGCUAAGAAACGCGCAACACGAACCCGCGGCAGCGUCGCCGUACCCGAUUCGACCUUGGAACAAGAGGAGGAUGUGGAGAUGGACGAAGCUUCCGCUCCCAAGAAGGGUGGGCGAAAGAAGACCAAGAAGGCCACCAAUUCUACACGCACAGUUUCUACGACAUCUGUUGCCUCUGAAGUAUCUAUGCCUGCCUACGAAUCAACACCUGGAACCUUCCCGGACGAUGAUGAGAUUGAGCGUCAACUGGAGGCAGACCUGGAGAGGCAACUGACCGAGGAUGAAGAGAUCACAGUCGAUUCUGAUUCCGAGCGGCUAAAGGCUAAAAAGAAGGGAGCAAAGGCCAAGGCCGAUCAAUCACAGGAUUAUGCCAUGUUCGACCCUGAACCAGCUGAGGUGGAUGAAGCCGAGGUUGACGAUGAGCUUAGGGCUCUGCAAGCUGAAAUGGAAGUCGAUGAGCCGGAGCCGGAACGGGAACCAGAACCUGAGUCAGAACCUGAACCGGAGCCCGAGGUCGAACCAGAGCCGGAACCAGAGCCGGAACCUGAGGAGCUCCAUGUUCCGAAGAAGGGACGAAAGGCUGGGACUCGAAAGGUGUCGAAGCAGGUCAAGUCGAAGAAGGGCAAGGCCGCCGCACAGCCUGUUGAAGAAGAAGACCAUACGCUCCCCGAGGAAACUCCACAACCCGAGGAAGUCCCCGAGAAGUCUACUACACCAGAAUGGGAACCAGAGGUGAAAGAGCCAGCCCAUGAGGAAAGCAUGGUCAGCACAGAUACAGUUGUCAAGAAGUCGGCGGCUGCUCGCUCGAGCGCAGCGGGCAAGCGAGGUCGCGGACGACCCUCCAAGGCGUCACUCGUCUCCCAAGCGUCGGCUGAUGAACUCGAACUUGUUGAAGCGCCAACUCAAACACCCGUUGAGACUCCGGAAGAGCCCCCGGUUAAGCGAGGCCGUGGUCGUCCAUCCAAGGCAUCACUAGCAUCCCGUGCGUCCCUGGUCGCUGAGGAGAGCCAGGCGAGUGUUGCCCCUCCCAAGCGCGGUCGAGGGCGGCCGUCCAAGAAGUCCCUUGAUGCCCGGAAGUCGAUUGAAGGCGAAGAGGCAGCGCAGCCAUCCAUGCAACGAUCAGAAGAAGAUGUGCAAGAUGACGUUGAAGUGCAUUCUGCUAAGGAACAGAAGGGCGAGCAUGCCGCCGCUCGAGUGGUGUCGUUUGAAUCGGCGCGGCCAUCAUCGCCACCUCCUAGUUCCGCUCAUCUGGCGAACCCUCCAUCAACGCCGGGACGGAUCAUUUCCCCUGCGCCAUCCGCCCGACAAGCAGCCAUCUCACCGUCUCAGUCUCCUCAAUCCUCUGAUGCUGAGAACCAGCCGCCGUCAUCAAAGCCUGCAGCCAGCGCCAACCCUAAGCGAGUUGCCCUCGCGCCCCCAGUUUCAACUCCUACACGUGGCUCGCCGUCCAAGCGUAACAUGAUCGUCGGUCUACGCAGCACAACGCCAUGGACCGAACUGGACCUCGAGGCCGUUUUUGGGUCACCACGGACCAACUCAGACAAGGAGAAUGGCGCGGAUCGAUUCUUGAAGCAGGGACAGAGUUUGACAUCGCCUGAGAAGCAGAUGACAGUGCAGGAGUGGAUCUACCACAAUGCAGCAGAAGCCGAGAACAAGCUAAAGCUCGAGUGCGAAUCGAUAGUGAGCCGGUUCGAGAACGAGGGCUCAAAAGCGAUGCGGGUGCUGGAGGGUCUGGUUGUGGAAUGA